AUGUUGACUAGAAAGGUUCUAAUUGUAUUGGUGGCAAGCGUGAUGCUGUCAAUGGCCUAUUCCGAAGGUCUAGGUAAUCCGACACUGUCCAACCUCAUCGAGAGCUUCAACGAUUUGGCUAUAUAUAUCCACGAUAUGGAAAGCGCAAGUGGAAAAGAUUUACGUGAACUGGAAAACCGUGUUGAGGAACUGGAAAAAGCGCGCAAAUCGGACAUACACAAGUUUUCUGAAAGUGUUUUAGAAUUGCAAGGACUACACGAGGCCGAUAAAGAGGCUGUCAGACAGUUGACUGAUGAAAUGACCGAACUAAUUGCAGAAAACAAAUAUAUACUUGAAGAGUUUCAUGUUACGAAACAAUCGUUUCCAUUUCAUUCAGACAAGUCACGUGACAUUCACUCAGCACCCCCUAAGUCAGUUCCCCUUGAAAUGAUGCGCGCAGGACCCUCACUAGUUGCUGUUGCUUUCUAUGCGAUAAUGACUCGGCAAAUGCUUAAUCCCGGAGUUCAUCAGAACAUUGUUUUUGACUCUAUCGUGACCAAUGUGAACGCUCAGAUCAGUAAUUACACUGGCGUAUUUACGUGUUCCCAGCCAGGAGUUCACGUGUUUGCAUGGCAGACAUUGCUGAACGAUCCCGACUAUGUUAUCACCGAACUCGUUCGGAACGGUGUCGCCCUUGCCUCGGAAGAGAUUGGUAAUUCAGGGGCUCCAGAAUCUGGAUCCUCAACAGCUGUAUUAAACUUAGCAAGAACAGACGAAGUGUGGGUAAGAGUAGCCGCUCACUCCAUCGGUGCAGAUAUACAACCCCAUCUCACUACUUUCGCCGGUUUCAGACUUCCUUAG